UUGGAAUAAAAUUGGUGAUAAAGGUGCAUCAGGCUUAGGUUCUGCUUUAGCAAAUUGCAUUAAUCUCUCAAAUUUGACACUUGACCUUGGUAACAAUUAAAUUGGUGCAAUGGGUGCAUCAGGCUUAGGUUCUGCUUUAGCAAAUUGCAUUAAUCUCUCAAAUUUGACACUUGCCCUUGGUAGGAAUUAAAUUGGUGAUGAAGGUGCAUCAGGCUUAGGUUCUGCUUUAGCAAAUUGCAUUAAUCUCUCAAAUUUGACACUUGACCUUGGUUGGAAUAAAAUUGGUGAUGAAGGUGCAUCAGGCUUAGGUUCUGCUUUAGCAAAUUUCAUUAAUCUCUCAAAUUUGACACUUUAACUUCUUAGCAAUUAAAUUGGUGCAAUGGGUGCAUCAGGCUUAGGUUCUGCUUUAGCAAAUUGCAUUAAUCUCUCAAAUUUGACACUUGACCUUGGUUGGAAUAAAAUUGGUGCAAUGGGUGCAUCAGGCUUAGGUUCUGCUUUAGCAAAUUGCAUUAAUCUCUCAAAUUUGACACUUGACCUUGGUGAAAAUUAAAUUGUUGAUGAAGGUGCAUCAGGCUUAGGUUCUGCUUUAGGAAAUUGCAUUAAUCUCUCAAAUUUGACACUUUAACUUCGUGAAAAUUAAAUUGGUGAUGAAGGUGCAUCAGGCUUAGGUUCUGCUUUAGCAAAUUGCAUUAAUCUCUCAAAUUUGACACUUGACCUUGGGUAAAAACAGUUUAUUUGUUUUGGAUUGUGA